AUGCCAUUCAUCAAAGAUUAUACACCAGUCGACUUGAAGGACUCCCUUCUUUUCAAACCAAUGAAAGUUGGUAACGUUGAAGUCCAACACAGAGCUGUCAUGCCACCUUUAACUAGAUUCAGAGCUCAGGAACCAGGUGCCGUUCCAAACGCUGAAUUAAUGUCUGUUUACUACGACCAACGUUCUCAAAGGCCAGGUACCCUGAUCAUAACAGAAGGUGUUUUCAUCUCUCGCCAAGCCGGUGGUUAUGAUUACGCACCAGGUCUAUGGUCUCAGGAACAAGUAAACGAAUGGAAGAAAAUUUUUGCUAAGAUUCAUAAUAACAAGUCUUUUGUUUUUGCUCAAUUAUGGAACUUGGGUAGACAAGCUGCUCCAGAAUGGAUGGCCAGGGAUGGUUUACGUUUCGAUUCUGCCACUGAUGAUUUAUAUAUCAAUGAUGAAAUUAAAGAAAAAGCUGAAAAAGCUGGUAUCAAACAACAUGGUAUUACUGCCGAAGAAAUCAAACAAUACAUCAAGGAAUACGUUAUCGCCGCCAAGAAUGCCAUCGCUGCUGGUGCCGAUGGUGUUGAAGUUCACUGUGCUAAUGGUUACUUGUUAAAUCAAUUCAUCGAUCCAUUAUCUAACAACAGAACCGAUGCAUAUGGUGGUUCCAUCGAAAACAGAGCUAGAUUCCCAUUAGAAGUCAUUGAUGCUGUUAUCGAAGCUGUCGGUGCCGAAAAAGUUGGUGUCAGAUUCUCUCCAUUUGGUACUUACGGUACUAUGUCUGGUUCUGAAAAUCCUGUCAUCUUAGCACAAUACGCCUAUUUAAUUGGUGAAUUAGAAAAGAGAGCUAAGGCUGGCAAGCGUAUGGCUUACAUCCAUCUUGUUGAACCAGCUGUCUCCGACUUCUUAUUAGAUGAGGGUCAAGGUCAAGACAACGGCAGUUCAAAUGACUUCGCUUAUUCCAUCUGGAAGGGUCCAAUUAUUAGAGCUGGUGACUUCGCAUUACGUCCAGCUGCUGCUAAAGAAGCUGUUUCCGCUGAUAGAACUUUAGUUGGUUACGGUAGAUUCUUCAUCGCUAACCCAGAUUUAGUUGACCGUUUAGAAAAGGGCUUACAAUUAAACCAAUAUGACAAGUCCACUUUCUACAUCCAAACUGCUGAAGGUUACACUGAUUACCCAACAUAUGCUGAAGCUGUAAAAUUAGGCUGGGACAAACAAUAG